AGUGCUGAGUCGAGGGCCCCAUUAUGCCAACCUAGCAUUGCAGUCGUUACGGCUGCUAGAGGGAGUGAUUCACAAUGGAAGUUACUGAUAUUCUUGACUCUUUGGAGGACCUGGGAUACCAGGGUCCACUUCUAGAGGAUGGAACUCUUGAGACGGCUGUGACUGGUGGUGCUGAAUCUCCAGAGUUCACCAAACUGUGUGCGUGGCUUGUGUCCGAGCUGAAGCUUUACUGCAAACUUGAGGAGAAUGUGCAGGCGACCAACUGUCCGAGCGAGGCGGAGGGGUUUCAGCUGGAGAUGAGUGGUCUUUUAGCUGAGCUGUGCUGUCCGUAUCCUGCUCUUACCUCUGGAGAGGUCACCAAACGUCUGCUGAAUGCUAACAACUGCAUCUUACUGUUAAGCUUCUUGAUUUCUGAGCUGGAGUCGUCCAGAAUGAUCGUGGUGAAUCAGCCUCAAAAGAAGGUGCAGGAGACGGGCGGCAGUAAAGUGUUCAUGGAGCUGAAGGGCAUCUGUAUGGCCCUGGGCAUGUCCAAACCUCCAUCCAACAUCACCAUGUUCCAGUUCUUCAGUGGUAUUGAGAAAAAGCUGAAGGAAGCAUUGUCUAAGGUCCCUCCAUCUCAUAUAGGAGAACCUCUGAUGAAGAAACCACUAGGCCCUGUACACUGGGAGAAAAUUGAAGCAAUAAACCAAGCACUUGAGAAUGAGUAUGAAGUCAGAAGGAAAAUGUUGUUGAAACGACUGGAUGUGACAGUUCAGUCUUUUGGCUGGUCAGAAAGAGCCAAGACGCACGCUGAUAAACUUUCGAAAGUAUACCAGCCUCUUCGUGUGGCACUGGCCACAAAAACCAGAGUGUCUGUGGCUCACCUGUUUGCUGCUAGAGAAGAUUUAUCAAAGAUCCUGAGAACCAGCAGUGGCCACAUCAGGGAGAAAACAGCCUGUGCCAUCAAUAAGGUCCUGAUGGGUCGUGUUCCUGAUCGAGGAGGGAGACCCAAUGAAAUCGAACCCCCACCUCCAGAGAUGCCCACAUGGCAGAAACGCCAAGACGGUCCACAAGGUGGUGGUGGUGGUGGAGGAGGCCAGUAUUACUCCGGAGGAAGAGGUGGAGGGCGAGGGGGUUAUGAUCAGCAGCAGGGAGGCCGUGGAGGUCAUGACAGGGGAGGUGGUGGAGGCGGCAGAGGUGGGAGAGGAGACCACCGGGGAGGCAAAGCCCAGGGCAACUGGCAGGAUGGAUACCAAGGUCAUUACCAGGAUGGAGGAUAUAGAGGAGGUUACGGAGGAGGAGGAGGUGGAGGUGGCUAUCAUGGAGCCCAACAAGGGUCAGGAUACCAAGGAGGAGGCUACCAAGGUGUCCAACAAGGACCAGGAUACCAAGGUGGAGGAGGAGGAGGAGGCUACCAGGGUGGAGGAGGCAGUUACCAGCACGAGGGCUACUAUCAGGAUGGAGGAAGGCACCAGGAGAGAGGUGGAAGAGGAGGUCGUGGAGGAAGAGGACGGGGAGGAGGAGGUGGUGGAGGAAGAGGCACUGGGCAGGGAGGAGGCUGGGGUGGAAGAGGAGGGCAGAAUUUUAACCAGGGCGGGCAGUUUGAGCAGUUCUUCCAGCAAGGUGGGCAUCAGUACAGCCAGGCAGGGUUUGGCCAGGGAAGACAGUUUACCAGCUGAAAACAGACUGUUUCUGCAAUCUAUGGCUUCAAAGAGGACCCAGAAUUCUCUGAGGGCGGGAAACCAAGAGAGAAGUACACAGGCCUCUG